AUGGAACUAUAAGAAUUGAUUUUGUAACAAAAAAAAUAUUGAUUAACCAUUACAAAUGAAAAUAUUUUAAAUUACUUGAAUGAUCAUUUCUUGCAUAAAACAUACCUCAUAAACUUUUAUUGCUUUUCAUAAGUAAAAAUAUCAUCGAACCCAAAUGUACAUUGAGUCCUCUGGAGGUUACACCAAAAAAUGGGUUGGUCGUAGUCAUACAGCUACGGCUUAUGGUCCAGAUAAUACAAUGGCAGGAACUCAUUGGUCUGGUGCCUCAUUGAAAACUAAAAUUCGCAAAACUCUUGUAAAUCAACCACAAUCCGUACCACAGUUAUCACCACUGGCAUAUUUACCCCCAAAACAACAACCAGAUUUUCGUUCAUUGAAUGGUUCAUUACCAGUGACUAAUAAUCAGUAUCCAAUUCUAAAACGUGACUCAUUAUUUGUUUGUAACAGUAGUCCAGGACCGAAUACAACUAUUACAGGACGUGAAUGUGUUGAUAAUAUACGAGAGAAAUCAAUUCCAGAAAUUCAAACUGCUCCAACAUCCCUUGAUCGACUCUAUUCACCUCAUUUGCAUACUAAAAAUAUUUUAAACAAUAAUAAUAACACUACUGUCAAUAUUACUACUUCUUCUGAUACAACGUUUUACAAUAAUAAUAAUAAUAAUAAUAAUAAUAAUAAUAAUAAUAAUAAUAAUAAUAAUAAUAAUAAUAAUAAUAAUAGUAAUGAGAUGUAUUAUUCGAAUGGAUCAAAAGAAUCAAGAAGUUUAUCAAAUGAUAUAGCAUUUCGAAUAAAAGAGAAAUUUGAUCAACGUGUAUCAAAGCAUUUAUCAAAAUCUAAUCAAAAAAUCAAAUCAAAUGUAUAUACUUAUACAUCACAAUAUCAUUUACUUGCAGUAUUUUUAGUUAAUAAAGGUCAUGUAGAAUCAUGGUAUGCAUAUGCACCAAUGCCAAAUCAUUACAAUAAUAAUAAUCAACAAAAUGAUAUAGGACAUACUCGUUUAUUAGAAUUAACACAACGUCGAUUACGUUUACUUCAACGUUAUUAUUCUGAUUCCAGACAAUAUGUUGUACUCUAUGUGAAUAAUAAUAAUUCUGAACAUUAUUUACCAAUGGGAUUAGUUAAUGAUGUGAAUAAUAAAUCAAGUAAAAAUAAAAAUCAUAACUUAUCAAUAAAUAAAGAAGUAAUUGAAAAGGAUAGAUCAAUUUAUCGAUUUAUCAAUUCAUUAUUACCGAAUAAUAUGAAAUUUGUCAAUACUACUGAUAAUAAUAACAGUAGUGAUAAACAAAUAUUUGUAAAUAAAAAAGUCAAUAAUACUAAAUCCAUAAAUGAUGAGAAGUUAACAAAUAAAAUAGAUGAACAUCAGUAUCAAUUGAGUCGACAACAACAAACGAUUAAUAAUCAAACUGAAGAGAAACAGUUCAGUGAAACAGAACAACUAGUCAAAGCGACAAAUUCAAUUAAUCAUCGACCGAAUCUAUGGAGAAGAUUACUUGAGCAUUUGAUAUCACAUCAUCAAUCCACUGAUAGUAGUACUAUUAGUAGUAAAAAAAAUAGUUAUGAAGAAGAUGAUAAUAAUAACAGUACUAAUAAUGUUAAGGAAAAUUGUUCUGACAAUACCAAUGAAAAUGUUGAUUUCAACUGUUAUGAAAAGUGUCUACAUUUGGACAGUUGUCUAGCUAAACAGCUUAGUACUUGUCCUGUAACACCAUUGUCAACUACAAUAACCAUGAAUGUUACUAAGAAUAUAUGUAGAAAUAAUUUUGAUAUUGGUCAAUGUAGCAAUCACGAUAAUAAUAAUAAUAAUAAUAAUAAUAAUAAUAAUAAUAAUAAUAAUAAUAAUAGUUGUCGAAGGAUAAAAAAGAAAGAUUGUUUCACUUCAUUUAAAACAAAAACAACAAAUGAUAAUUUAUCAAGUAUACACCAAAUCUAUACUGAUGACAAGUUAUCUGAUGUUAAUAAAUAUGAUGCUGAUAGUCAACAAACUAUUAAUGAUAAAGAAGAUGGUCCAAAAAGAGACGAAAUUAAAUCAAUCAAAAAAUUAUCAGAUUAUGAAGAGAUAUGGUUGCCUAAAUUUUGUGAUUUGUAAAUUUACUAGUAAAUGUAUGUAGUAUAUGUAAACUAAUCUCAUCGAUUAGAUUUUUUAAACAUGAAGAACUAAGGAAUUCACAAAACAGUAAAAGAUGGUCGGAUCAGUUGAGAAAGAAAUCCUGGUCAAAUCUCAUUGCCUUCUUUAAUCAAGUCUUGAUUAGUUGAUAAAAACUAAACAAAAAUAGUAAUUGAAAUCUUUGUUACAAGUCACUAUUUUCAUUAACACUAG